CCGCGGCGCGCCUGGCGGAUCGCCCAGCGCGGCCCGCGGCUCCCGCGCCCGCGGUCGCUUCUGCCUGAGUCGAAGGAGUUCCCGACUGGCUCGGCGGUCUCGCACGUCGCUGACGUCGAGGCCGCCCUCAUGGCGGACACCGCUGCCUGCGCCGCCGUGCACGCGGAGAGCGAGGGCCACGUGGAGCCUAGCGAGUACGUGGACACGCUGCGGUGCGAUGCCGACCCCUUCUGGCCGCUUCGGCCCCCGGGGCGCUGGGACGACGGCGGAGAGGUGAUGAGCGGCACCGAGGAGGUCGGCACAGGACGCACGCCGCGGAGGUCAGCUGCUGAGCCUGUCCUGGUGUCGGGCAGCGUCUGCCAGCGACGGAGCGACGAAGGCGUUUUGUGCUCUUGUGGCGCUGUUUUGUUCUCCUCCUGCCGUGCCGCCGCUGGUAUUGUGGGUAUUGUGCAGGCGGAUGAUGUGAGCCCUGGAGGUACUGCAGGCCGUGCGCCGCUGCCUCCCGCCACUGCUGCCGACGGUGGUGCCACUGCUGGUGUGCCAGGCGCGUCUUGCGACGGCUCCGACGUCGACGACGUUACCCUGGACGGUGAGGCCGACGCGGACACCUCGUGCUCGGUCGGCGAGCCGCCAGGUGCCGACCAUGCCGGUACUGCUGCUGCAGCCGCCGCGUACCUCGCCGCCUUCCCGCAGGCCCUCUUCAGCGGGGGCGAUGGCGGCUGGGGCCGCUGCGAGGUCGCGGCAGGGGUCUGGUGGCGUGCGAGGGCCGUUGUUGCCCGCGUGUGGCUCACCACAGGUGCGGCGACGGUGCAGGAGUGCGGGGCUGCUGGAUCUGCGGCCCCGCCACCGCCGCUGCCUGACGAUCUCUUGCGGACCGAGGGCCCGAUGUCGGGGCGUGCCGCAGGCGCUGUGGCGCCGCCGCGGCUGCGGAGGGUCCGCUUCGCAGAUGCCCCGUGCGUGCUCGACAUUGGCUGUUGCUCGGGCGUGCGUGGUAUCCUUCGGCGGGAGAACGUGCCAGGGUUUCUGGAUCCCGCUUGGACGCGCCAAGCCAAUGCUGUUGACCUGAUGCACAUGAUCGAAGGCGGCUCCUUUGGCCUCAAGGUUCCCCCCAUGCGGAGGCCGCACCAACUUCGUGCGCGAUUCGCGGAUGAGUCUCGUCUGGUUGACGCCCUCCCGCCAGGGAUGUCCGUUGAGCGUGCCAGAGAGUUGAAGCGUCUUAUCAAAUUGUGCGGAGGGCAGUAAGCUGUUGUCUCUGAAGCUACGAGGUCUGUGAGUGAGUCCUUCCUCAUCUCCUCUGCUUGGCUUCCUCUCCCGCUUGCAUUCGCAUUUUUGUAUGUGCACGUGGGCUUCGUGUGGCACUCGUUGAUCGUUGCAGUCCUUUUUUCUUCAGCUCGAUCUUCAGUGCAGCUUCGCUGCUUCUGCAUGCCUCUCGGCACCGCCCGCCCUCGUGGCCCUGGGGCCUAGGCGCCCCCGUUGGCCCUGGCGGCCUGCCCUCGGGGAGGCCCGAAGCGGCCCCUCGUGUGGGCGUGCUGGAGGUUGGCUCGAAGCGGCCCCUCGGGGAGGGCGGCCUAAACGGCCCCUCCCGCUGGCCCUGGAGGCUCCCGUGAGAGCCUCGGGCUCGGACCUCUUUGGUCCUUUUUUCCAGCCUUUAGAGGCCCCACCACACCACAC